CGCCAUGCUCUGUAUCCCGCUGCCUCUUCUUGAUCAGCAUCACCCGGGCUUAAUUCAGGCUGAUAGACCCAAAGUGCCACACUUGGAGCUCCACUUCUGUGUUGUGAUCUCCCAUUUCCGGCUUUUCCUUCUUUCCGCUUCUAUGGAUCUCCUCCCUGACCCAAUAAAUCAAGUCUUUGAUCAACUCUUGUGUUCGGCAUUGUACAUAGCAUCCAGCUCAACGAGUGAGCUCUGCCCAACAUGUCCAAUUGGGUUCAGAUCCUCAACUCCCUCAACCCGCCUAUGGCACCGGUUGCUGGGACCUACGACGGUUUGGAGUACAAAUGGAAGAUGUUUGUCUUCAGGCCAGCCUUGUUCAAACGAGAAGCCAUAGUCGUGUCUGUUCUGGGAGCGUACCUCUUGUGGUUCUACGCUGUCGGCUACUUGUCAUACUCGAGAGCAACAAAAACGUUCGACCGAUUCAAACCGCUCCUCAAGAGCAAUUUCUCCAGCUUUUACAAGCUUGUCCAUUCCGGUCCAGGCCAACACUUGCAGUAUGCUACCGGUCGUCGAAACAUCAUCUCCCUCCACGGAACCCUCAUGCUUUAUCCCUUCCACGAUCUCUUUGGACUCAUCGUCCGACUCGUCAAGAUGAUUAUCGAGCCGACUUUUGAUGGAAGCGAAUCGCUCUCCUGGAAUCUGACCCUCGGUCGUGGAGAGACUGGACUUCAAGGUGACGGACUUGGAGUCUGGGCUGUUGUAGACAAGGGCAGCAUUAGACAAAUUCGCGCUGAUCGAUGGGAUCUCUCCUUCCCUAAACUCCAUGAGCACGCUUCGGUUCCCAAGAAUUUUCAACUCUUCUCGGAGCAUUCUGAAAUCUCUGAGAUCCUCUUCAAGACGCCCAAUGUCGGUCUCGCCGAGCUGCUCGCCAACCCAGCAGCGACCAAGGUCCUCAAGUUCUUCUUGAUCACCGACCAGCCUGCCAAGCGUCCCACUAAAGCUCUUGCUGCCAAAUUUAAGGCACGAGAGAUCGUCCUGUCAUUCCGAAAACCCUCUUCUGCCGAUGACUACGCUGCUGUCAACGCCUGGCUACAAGUCGCUUUCAACGUCGCUGAUCUUUUGGGCAAGGGACCUACCCGAUCUGAUAUCGCCAAAAAGCUCUCAUCCACCCGAGGCAACGUUGAUGGUGACCUCACCAAGGCCUACAACAAGGAACAGGCGGAGGACAACCCAGAGAUGACCGCUGAAGAGAAGAAACUCGCAAAGAAGAAGGCCGCUAGGGAGCAGUUGAGCGAGAAGGAGCUCAAGAAGCUGGAGGAGCUGGAGAAGAAGCGAGAGAUGAGGAAAAUGGCCAAGAAGCAGGGAUACAAAGGCAACUAGGCUGCGCAUAUACCGCCGCAGGCGGGGGCAUGGACCUGGCCUGUUUUAGAGCAAUGUUCAAUGGCAAUGGCCCUCCACCCAAAAUCCUGUAAAAAGACCAAAUGCAUCACAU